CUUUCAGAGCUGGAAAAAUGCAACACAUACAAAGGAAAACACAGGGCUGCUGCUGAGCAGAUGACUGAUCUUGUCUCUGAAAGAAAUCGGUUGUGCUGCUGGAUCUUGUAAAGAAAGUCCUUUUCGUGGCAGAAAAUGUUGAUUCACCAGAAGAAAGAGCAGUGAAAGCAGAUGUCAUUGGAGUUUGCUUAAGGAUGAAAAAUUCUACAAGGCUGAACCCCAAUCAGGGGUGGAAACUCUCUGGGCUUUUAAAUGAACUACAACGAAUACAUCGAGAUGAUGUUAAACUUUAUACCUCAGGACACCUCAACCCCAAAAAACUCUUUAAUCCCAAUAAGCCCACUUGUUUCUGGUCUGGUUCCUUUGGGCCAAUCAGAAAACAGACUGUACCAAAAGAUCAAUUUGAUGAGAAAUCAGCAAAGAUGAAAAAUGCUUUGUCUGAAUUUACCGUUAAUACUGCUCUGGUCUCAGAUGCUUCUGAUAGUGCUGGCUUCUUGAAGACUUUGGAUAUUCCAUCACAAAGUGGUUUACUUCCUCACCUUCCAGUCUCUGAUAUAGCACUUGAACAAAAACUCAAGGAAGAGAGAAAGAAACUACAUGAUGAAAUGCUUAAGAAAGAUCUCAGAUUGCCAGAGCUCCGACUGCUGAAGUAUAAAUCAACCAAAAAUAGUCGCCAGUGUCUUUCUUCUUCUUCUUCUUCCAGAGACGAAUACCAAUUUAUUAGCUCCUAUUUGUCUGGUGUGACUAAAAAGGAUAAGUUUCUUAAGUUCUUGCAAUUCGAAAAGGAUGUGGUUGCAAAGCAAGAUCUUGUGGAAAGUGAUUUCACUGGGAGUAAGGUUGCCAAAAGCCAUGAAAAGAAGUUGGAACAGGAACUCCAGAAAAUUCAUGAUAAUGCUGCCCCCGAAUUUAACAGACUGCAUGUGUUUGGGAACAUCUUUGAGGACAUUUGUAACAGCUCUCUUAUGUUUGGUGAUCUCUUGAAGGAAGUGAAGAAUGAAUAUGAACUCUAUAUGGCAGUUCUUCUGGAUUCCCAGUCUUCCAUCCAGUGCAAGACUUUACUUGCUCAAGUAAGGGGCAUAGAAAAGAGAACUGCCAUGUCUUCAGACAUAGAAGAAGCCAGAGAUGAAGUAAAGAGGCUCGUGAAGGUGGCCAAAGGAGCUUUAGAGAGAAAUGAAGAACUCCGAAGUGAAUUGGAAAUAGAAGAGUUGCUUAGCAAGAUUCCUAGUGCUAAAUCAGAGUCACCUGAAAGUGAAGUAACUGAAGAAAAGAUACUUACUUUGCCCGAAAAGAUUGAAGAAAAGAGAUGUGAAAUUCUUAAUAAAUGGGAUGACAUCUGUGCUCUUGAAAAAAACAUCAAGACCAACUUGACUCACGCUGGAAUUGCAAACAUUAUUGAGAAUAGCAUUAAAAGCAUAGAGACUGAAGCUAUUAAGUUGGAGACGGUUAAUGCAAUUUUAAAGAAAAAAAUAAUCGACUCUGAAUUAAGAAUCAAGGAAAGCCUUGACAAGUAUAAAAUAACCCAGGAAGACCAGCAGAAAUUUUGGGGUUUCUUUGAUUCCAUUUUAAGAUCUGAUGAAGUGGAAGAAUACUGGGAAAAUGGCGUGUGAACAUCAAGAAUGAUUUC